AUGGAGAUGGAAUGGAGUUCAGACAGCGGUUAUGGCUACGGCUAUGACUCUAAUGAUGAGCCUAUCUUUCCCAACGGAGAUGGUUCGCCAUCUGAUCGUUCUUCGAACAGUACGCAGAAUGGUAACUUAAAUGGAACAUCCUCCACUUCAUCUGUGGAUCCAACUCACACUAAUAUUUCUAGUGCUAACGGUGCUUCUUCGAGUUCUUCCAGCGGUUCUUCGCAAAACUCCGACAAUGCACCAUCCGGCAUUGGACUUAUCCUAGUAGAGGAACUGGAGGAGGAGCUAGAAGUCUUCUUCAACGAGGGAGAUUCUGGUUCUUCUCACAGCACAGUUCUCUCCAGACUGAUAAUGGUUCUCCCCACGAGCCUUCUCAAGGUUCCGCCGGCGAAUUUUCUGGUCGUGGACUACUCACUGUAG